UCGGCCGUGCGCGAUUCUUUGAAUAUAUUCAGAAUUCUGUACAUGAGCCACAGUAAACCUAGCUCUGUUAAUAAAGCAUAUUCUAUUGGAUAACCUAUACUCGAUGUCGAACCUUGUGGAUUUUAAUCAGAUUGAGUCAAAAAUGGAAAAAAGUGUAAUAUCUCAGUUUUUUAAUGACCGGUCCAUAUUUGUCACUGGAAGUACGGGCCUUAUGGGAAAAGUGCUCGUCUGGAAACUGUUGUACAGCUGUCCAGGAAUAAAAAAAAUUUUCGUGUUGAUAAGAUCAAAAAGAGGCAAGUCCGCUCUUUUGCGAUACCAAGAAAUCAUUAAAGCACCGUUGUUUGAUUCUAUUAGAAAAACAAAUAAAUCACUGCUGUCCAAACUGCAAGUGGUAUGCGGUGAUGUAGGUCUAGAGGGACUUGGCAUCUCAGAGGAAAUGAAGGAAAAGUUGAUAUCGGACGUUUCGAUUGUUUUUCAUGGAGCGGCUACGUUGAACUUGGACGCAUCACUGAACGAGGCUAUAAACUUGAACACGACUGGAACGCUACGCAUGCUCGAGUUUUGCUCCAACAUGAAAAAAUUAGAGGCUUUCGUUCAUUUCUCCACGGCGUUUUGUCACGUAGACUUGGACACGUUAAACGAAGAAGUUCACAAAUCGGCUUUCGACGCACAUAACAUAAUGAGGUUACCGUCUUGGCUCGACGAAAACUCUAUCAAGAUGGUCACACCUCACUUGAUAAAUCCACAUCCCAACACUUACACGUUUUCUAAACGAUUAGCCGAAGACGUGGUCAGCGAUUUUUAUCCACAGCUUCCGGUCGUCAUAGCAAGGCCUUCAAUAGUGACACCAGCGCUCAAAGAACCUCUGCCCGGCUGGGUGGAUAAUCUGAAUGGACCCACAGGAAUAUUGGCUGCGGGAGGCAAAGGCGUGCUCCGGUCCAUACUUUGCAAUUCGGAAUAUACCGCCGAAGCCGUGCCGGUGGACUUUGCAAUAAAUGCCGUGAUCGUGAUCGCGUGGAAAACAGCAAUCACUAAACAAAAGACUACCGCCGUUCCCGUUUAUAAUUUGACCCAACACAAUCUGAAUCCAAUCACUUGGGAAACCGUUAUGACCAAAGGGAGAGAAGAGACUAUGAAAAAUCCGUUUGAGCUCAUGCUGUGGUAUCCCACAGGAUCGUUAACAUCCAACCGAUUCCUUCACACUUACAAAGUUAUAUGUUACCAUUGGAUACCGGCCUACCUGAUUGACGGGAUUUUGUUUUUGCUUGGCCAAAAACGUUUUAUGAUCAGAGUUCAGCAAAAGAUAUCGGAUGGUCUUCGUGUUCUCCAGUAUUUCACAUUGAGAAAUUGGGACUUCACCAACGACCGAUUGUUGGCGCUCCGGGAAAGUUUGUGUGACGUGGACCGAGAAGAGUUCAACAUGGAUUUCGAGAAAAUGGAUAUGGACGCAUAUUUCAGAGAUUGUAUUUUGGGUGCCCGUCAGUAUUGCCUGAAAGAAGACCCGGCGUCCAUACCCAAGGCCAGGAAAACCCUGAAAGUACUUUACGUGUUGGACUUGGUGGUGAUAUACCUGAAGUACGCUCUCGUCGCCUGGCUGCUGUACAAGAUGUACGAAGUGGUUUCGGCUGUCGUUUAAGUCACAACAAUGUUAUCACGCGGUACAUAAUUAUUAUUACUAUUUCAUAAAUUAUUAUUAUUCGAUAUCAUUCCCCGCUUUAUUAUCGUAUUCCUGUAGAUAUCCACGUAAAUGUUGUUAUUUUCCUAUUUAUUUUUGGUCAAACGAAACUAUCGACUAAUUAUAAUAUUAUUCGUCACAGACAUUAAUUUUUGUAUACUGCCUCCCAUCCGUAUACUUUAACAUCUUUAAGUAAGAACUGUACAAUUGCAGUCACAUGUCUGUUGACGUUUUCAAAACGACAGCCCCUUGACGUUUUGUGGCGUGAUGUGACGUGUACGUGCCGUAGGGGCACGAGUAUAAUAUUAUGUUGUAAUUGACACGUCUUACCAGAUUUCUGAGCGAGUCAUCGGUGGGUCACUUACAACAUAUUACAAUCAACAUUGCCCGUAAGACGUUCGACUUCCACAAAUACUUUUAAAAUGUAUUACCGCAUCGUGUUCGCAAUAAUAUUAUUAUUAUCUUUUUAACAAUCGCUACACCGACACUAUAGGAUAAUAUUAUAUUUGGGCGCUCAUAAUAGUUUAGGACGUAUAUAGUAACGUAGUUUUAGGUUAUAUUACAGCAUUAUAUCGGCUCGAUCAAUAAAUGUAAAGAUAUCUUAUCUUAGGCGCACACAAUUCUUCGCGGACAACAUAUCACUCCAAAACGAAUUAUUAUCGUUUGAAGGUAAUAACAAUAGUGUUCUGUUUUAAGUCGAACAUAUCUCAAAUGUACACAAUUUGUUAUUAAUAAUUUUAAUUUUCAAUCAAACGUAAUUAAUAAUCAUGACUAUUAUAAUAUGAUAAACAUAAUGUUUCGUCAGCUGUCUAUUGUUUCGGAAAUAACGAAAAAUUAUGAAUGGAGUAUUGAGAUGUAAUUCAGUAUUGUAUUUUAGUUGUAUAAUGUACGUUUAUACACAUAACAUAAUACUUAGGUAUAUUAUAUACUUUUACAGUUAUUUUUUUUUACCUUUUUUUACUUGAAAUAUUAUUAAAAUGAGAAAUGUUUUAGUGGUAUCAUUAUUAUUUUUGUUAUUGUUAUAGUUACUAUAUUAUUGUUUUUAUUAUUAUUAUUAUUAUCAUUAACUUUAUAUUUGCUACUAUUAUUUUGUUUAAAUGUUUUUUCCUCUUUUUGCCAAAAAUUAAGCAUUUAUCGAUAUUUUUGCAGUAGCAUUACGUUUGAACGUAAUUUACUUAGAUUGCUUUUUUAUUUUUUUGUUAAUAUCCACUCAUUUUUACCUUUCUCGAAAAUAGUAUAGACUUUCAUUUUCCCGCGCCUCGGCUGUUUCCUCCCCUCGGAAAUGACAAAAGCCUGUUUCGACUGCUUUGUAUCCCAUCCCGACCGCCAUCACCACCACCGCUACCACCGUCCGUAUCGCACACCGGUAGGAAAAUGCGCCUCUUAAAAGUAUUUAAACGUAUUGUUCGCACAGAAGAAAGCAGACAUCACAAGUGCCUUUUAUAGUACAACGUCGAGCUGCAUCUUUUGUUCGUCCGACCACUCGCUCCGGGCGAGCACUUACCAUUCUGUCAAAUGUGAUAUUAUAGGAGAAAAUUGUCGACCGAAAAGUGAAAAAAAAAAUGUUUCUCCCCCCCGUAAGAGGAUCAAUAAAACGAAAAACAAAGAAUCGUCAAAUUUUUUCAUUAAUCCGAUUCCGCGUCAUGGUGCACACGGUGGUGGCGACGCGGUAUUAUCAUCGCGAGCCACUAGAGUCUCUGGUGAUUGAUCACUGCGCAAUGUACAAAGCCACCACGGUGGUCAUAUUCGCGAUCUAUCUUUUGUUAGUUUUGUAUGCAUAUAUAUAUAUCAUGUGCACACACACACAUUUCUAAAUUUGGUAAAUCAACUCACGUCUGAAACUCGGGUUAAAGAAGAACGAUGACAGUCUAUUACAGUUAAAUACCAUAUACGUGGUCACUGUACCCCAUCUUUUACCGGAAUUGUUUCAUCGAUCUUUUAUUUGACCAUAUAUUAUUUUAUACGCUACACAUCAAGCAAAAUAUACUUGGAAGCGUACUCCAAUAAAUUGCACUUUUAUUUUUUAAAUUCAUUUUUAUAUAGUUUUAUUAUUUCACACAACGAGAACACGUUGUUAUAAUUUAUAAUGAACUAAUUGCGAUUAUUGCCGAUGUUAUAUUAUUAUAUAAAGUACUUAUACAAUUUAAUUAUAAAACUCAAUAAAAGUUCUAUAACUUGUAAACUAGUGUGACUUUUGGCUUAUGCAUAGUUUAACUGUAUUAUAUACCUAGACAUUUUAAGUUUAUAUUAAAUUAUAUUAAACCUGUGUAUGUCAAUGAAAUUAAUGUUGAUAUCUACCUACCUAAUUUUUUUAUCAUUUUUCAAAAAACAACCGCAUUAAUUAUUAUUUUAAUUUGUAAUUUUAUUUGUUAAAAAUAUUAUAUGUACCUAAUGUUGUUAUAUAAAAUAAAUGUAUUAAAACAAA